UUCUCCCUUCUUCACUCUCGGCUGCCGACCCCUUCUGUGCCAGGACGCACUGCUUCUUCCUCUGAUUGAUCAGCACACUACUUUCAGCAAUGGAGCCCCUGAUUAGACGCCAGAGUUCUCAAAUUCUUGGUGGCCAUUCAACACCAAUUCACAGACCUCUACAGAUGGAUAGAGCCUAUGCCCACAGUGUCAGCGGAGGGGCAGGUGGCCAUGGGACCAGGAUCUCAACUGCUUAUGGCGUGCGGGUUGGCAGCGGCAUCGGGGGUGGGUAUGACUACCAGUCCCUGUCCUCUGGGUCCACUUCUGGGUCCCUUGCCAUCACGAACGAGAAGACAACCAUGCAGCACCUGAAUGACCGCCUGGCAAGCUACCUGGAGACUGUGAGAAGUCUGGAGAAGGCCAACAACCAUCUGGAGAUCAAGAUCAGAGAGGCCAUUGAAAAGAGAGGCCCCUUGGAGGGAAAGGAUUACAGCAAGUACGAGGCCAUCAUCGAGGAUCUGAGAGCCAAGAUAUUUGACAUGCACAAGGGCAAUGCACAGCUUGCUAUCCAGCUUGACAAUGCAAGACUGGCUUCAGAUGACUUCAGAGUCAAGAUGGAAUAUGAGUUGUCCAUGCGUCAGACGGUGGAGGCUGAUGUGGCCGGACUGAGGAAGCUCCUGGAUGACACCAAUGUAAUUCGCUUGCACAUGGAGAGCGAUAUUGAGUCUCUGAGGGAAGAGUUGAUCAGCCUGAAGAAGACCCAUCAGACGGAUGUUGCUGAGUUGCGAGCCCAGAUAAGUCAGUUUGGCGUCCAUGUGGAUGUUGAUGCUCCUAAAGGACAAGACCUGGCCAGGAUCAUGGAGGAGAUGAGGGCCAAGUAUGAGAAGAUAGCACUGAAGAACCAGGAGGAGCUCAAAGCAUGGCAUGAAUCUCAGAUCACAGAGGUGCAGGUCCAAGUGACUGAGAGCACAACAGCUCUGAAGGAAGCCACAACUGUGAUGUCUGAAACUAGGAGGAGGUAUCAGCACCUGGACAUUGAACUGCAGUCUGCGUUAAGUCUGAAAGCAUCCCUGGAGGCAACCUUGCGUGACAUUGAGAUGCGUUACAACAUGGAGAUGGAGAAAUACAACGCGACCAUCCUGAAGCUGCAGGAGGAGCUCAGUCAGAUCCGCACAGACAUCCAGCACAACACAAGAGAGUACGAACACCUGCUCAACAUCAAGGUGAAACUGGAGGCAGAGAUCGCUGAGUACAGGAGGCUGCUGGACGGAGAGGCAGACUUGAGACUAGAGGAUGCAGUUGAUUCGAAGACAGUCCAGACCAAAGUGGUGACAGUCACUCAGACUCUGGUGGAUGGAAAAGUGGUGUCAGAGAGCAAGGACGUCAAAUCCAGCGAAAAGCUGGCUAUUAAUUAAAAACAAAGGGCAGGAAAAACCCUUUGUAACAAAAAUAAAAUGAACAACAAAAAGUG